GAGAGAGAAAAAAAACUGAAAAUCUGAGAGAAGUAAAAGAGAGAGAGAAAAAAUGGGGGAGAAGGUGAUUCUGCUGGAUCAGUUUGUUAGCAUGUUCGGAAUGAGGGCGAGAAUAGCGCUGGCAGCAAAAGGCGUGGUAUACGACUACAGAGAGCAAGACCUGUUCAACAAAAGCCAGCUUCUUCUCCAAUCCAACCCCAUUCACAAGCAAAUCCCCAUCUUGAUUCAGAACGAUAAGCCCGUCUGCGAGUCUCUCAUCAUUCUUGAGUACAUCGACGAGGUUUGGAACCAAGGAUACCCUCUUUUGCCUCCCCAUCCCUACCAGAGAGCUCAAGCUAGGUUCUGGGUUGAUUACAUCGACAAACAGUUCUAUGGUACUGGAAGGAAGAUCUGGUGUACGAGCAGCGAGGAAGAGCUGGAAGCAGGGAAGAAGGAAUUGGUUGAGACUCUGAAGCAGUUGGAAUCGCAGCUGGGCGAGGAGGCCUUCUUCGGGGGCGAAAGGCUGGGGUUUUUGGACGUGGUAUUGGUCCCGUAUUCGACGUGUUUCCACACCUACAAAAUGUGUAGUGGUUUCAGCAUUCGAGAGCACUGCCCCAAACUCACUCAAUGUGUGAAGAGGUGUAUAGACUUUGUGUCGGAAUCCUUGGCCGAUCCGGCUAAGAUUUAUGACUUCGUUUCAGUGAUGAGGAAGGUGCUCGGCCUCCACACCCUCUAAUUAAUUCCUACUACUCCCUCCGUCCCAGAGAAGUUGGCAUACUUUGAAAAUGGCACGGGAUUUUAGGAGGUUUUGUUUUGUGUGUUAAAUGGAGAGAGAAAAUAUAAUUUUUAUAUUCAUGUGAGAGAGAACUUUUUCCAAAAAGGGAAAUGUGACAUCUUUUGUGGGACAAACUAAAAAAGAAAGUGUGUCAACUUCUCUGGGACGGAGGGAGUACUAUCUCUUUUGUUUUCUGCGGUUGAGAUCGCCCAACCACAUGUAUCCUAGCUUAGUAGCUUAUCUGUUCAAAUUAUAUGUAUCGUACGCUCAAUAAUUGAUCGAAAUUUGGAAUUU